AUUAGCAGUUAUUGUAGCGUAGUGUCAGUGUAUGGUCCGAAACAUAUGGCUGAGAGGAUAGGAGUCGGAACUGUGACUCACAGAGCUGCCAUGGCUUCUCCUUCUCCUUCUCCUUCCACCUUCUCUAAAACACUCCCCACCCCCAACCGCCUCACCAUUGUUACUCGGAAACGCCCUUUUCGAGUCGACCCUCGCAGAACUCACCUAUCCAUCGUUUCUUCUCUCCCAGUCAGAGCUUCUGUAUCCACAGAGGACCUCCCUACCUCUUCAGUUACGUAUAAGGCUGUCGAGAAUUUGGUAAUUAUAGGUUCAGGUCCUGCUGGAUAUACAGCGGCAAUAUACGCAGCUAGAGCGAAUUUGAAGCCUGUAGUGUUUGAAGGUUAUCAAGUAGGUGGUUCUCCUGGAGGUCAGUUGAUGACUACCACAGAAGUGGAGAACUUUCCUGGAUUUCCUGAUGGGAUAACUGGGCCAGAUUUGAUGGACCGGAUACGGCGGCAAGCUGAGCGAUGGGGAGCAGAGCUCUACCAAGAAGAUGUGGAAUAUAUUGAUGUGAAAAGCAACCCCUUUACUAUAAGGAGUAGUGAACGUGAGGUAAAGUGCCACAGUGUUAUUGUAGCUACAGGAGCUACUGCAAAAAGGCUCAGUUUACCUCGUGAACAUGAAUUUUGGAGUAGAGGAAUUAGUGCUUGUGCAAUUUGUGAUGGAGCAUCACCACUGUUUAAGGGGCAAGUUCUUGCUGUAGUUGGAGGAGGUGAUACAGCAACUGAGGAAGCAUUAUAUCUUACGAAGUAUGCUCGUCAUGUGCAUUUACUUGUCCGAAGGGACCAACUGAAGGCAUCUAAAGCAAUGCAAGAUAGAGUUUUCAACAAUCCAAAUAUUACCUUGCACUUCAAUACAGAGGCCGUGGAUGUCAUCAGCAAUACCAAGGGCCAGAUGUCUGGGAUUUUAGUUAAGAAGAUUGGCACAGGAGAGGAAUCAGUGCUUGAAGUGAAAGGUUUAUUCUAUGGCAUAGGUCACACUCCGAACAGUCAGUUGUUGGAAGGUCAAAUUGAACUUGAUAGUGCUGGUUAUGUGGUAGUGAAGGAAGGUACUGCAAAAACUUCUAUUGAAGGUGUCUUUGCAGCUGGAGAUGUACAGGAUCAUGAAUGGAGGCAAGCCAUAACAGCAGCUGGAUCAGGCUGUGUAGCUGCUUUAUCAGUUGAGAGAUAUCUUGCAGGCAAUAAUCUGCUUGUUGAGUUUCACCAGCAGCCCAAAACCGUAGAGGUUGAGAAGCAACUCACGGAUAGAGAUAUACAAGAGGGUUUUGAUAUAACACUUACAAAGCACAAGGGUCAGUAUGCUCUGAGGAAGUUAUAUCAUGAAAGUCCAAGACUUAUAUGUGUGCUAUACACAGCACCAACAUGUGGUCCAUGUAGGACCUUGAAGCCCAUUUUAAGCAAGGUAAUAGAUGAAUUUGAUCAAAAUGUGCACUUUGUUGAAAUUGACAUCGAGGAAGAUCCAGAGAUUGCUGAGGCAGCUGGGAUUAUGGGCACUCCAUGUGUGCAGUUUUUCAAAAACAAAGAAAUGAUCAGGACUGUAUCAGGGGUGAAAAUGAAGAAAGAGUACAAAGAAUUCAUUGAGGCGAACAAAUAGCGGAAUGUAAUUCUUUAGUUGAGGCCGAUCCAUUCAUUUUUCAAUUGGUUUUGCUCCUUCCUAGUAGGGUGUUUGAUAUUCCCAUCUUGUAUUUUCUGAUAAGCACCAAUAAUUUGAUUGAUGCAGUCUUGCAGUGCAUAAUUUGGAAAACAAUUUUGAAA